ACAAUAAACACCUAACACCUUCCUUCCAAACUCCUAACCCACCAAACCAAGGUAACCCUACUAUAUAUAUAACACCUUUGGACACCCACACGGUCCUGAGUCCAGAGUCAUUGUCUUUUAGGAGAGAAGGAGGAAAAAAAAUAAGCCAGAGAGAAUCAGAUUCAUUCACCUACCCUCCUCUCUUCUCUCUUCCUUUUUUCUUUUCGUUUUCUUUCAUUAUAAGGCUUUGUUUCUUGUUUUCAUCGCCUCAUCUCUUUGGAUUUUUCAAAAAAUCUUGAUUUUCUCUUGUACCUAUACCUCAAAAGUAGAUUUUUUAGGCACCCAUUUGUUCGAAAUCGAAUCUUAGUGUAGAAAACACUCUCAAUUCUCUUGAAACGAUGACAAAAACGGAUUUUGAUAUUCAAUAAACCCUAGGGAAAAAACCGUUUGUUUUUUCGUUUUUUAAUUUUUUUAAAAGUUUUCAAAAUCAUGGGCAAGAGAGGAAUUCAAUUGUUUGAUGAUAAAAAAGAUGGCUUUUUCUCUAUAUCUGAUUUGGGGUCUGAAUGGAGUCUCGAACGGAAUCACUUAUAUCCAGGUGGCUUAUUUGCAAGCGUUGGUCAAAUGGGAAUGGGAUUUGGCGUUUCACCAAACUCCCCAAAUCCCCGUGACAAUGGUGGAAUCAAAGCUCCAUUUUCCGAUUUGUUUGUGAAAUAUUUACCAUCACAAGAGGAAAUUCGGGUUGUUGGAGUACCGGAAGGUGAAGUAGCUUUGAAGAAGAAGAAGAAAGUUGGCUUAAAACUGAAAAUUAAGGUUUCUAAUCCUUCAUUAAGAAGGUUAAUAAGCGGUGCCAUAGCGGGGGCGGUUUCAAGGACCUGCGUUGCGCCAUUGGAGACAAUAAGGACGCAUUUGAUGGUUGGGACUAGUGGGAAUUCUACAACUGAGGUGUUCCAUAAUAUAAUGCAGACUGAUGGAUGGAAAGGGUUGUUUAGGGGCAAUCUGGUUAAUGUGAUUCGAGUUGCACCUAGCAAGGCGAUAGAGCUGUUUGCUUUUGAUACCGUGAAUAAGCAGUUGUCUCCCAAACCUGGGGAAGAACCAAAGGUUCCCAUUCCUGCCUCAUUAAUUGCAGGGGCUUGUGCUGGAGUCAGCUCAACUUUGUGCACCUAUCCUCUUGAGCUAGUUAAGACUCGAUUAACCAUUGAGAAAAAUAUGUAUGAUGGUAUAGUUGAUGCUUUCUUAAAAAUACUGCAAAAGGAGGGCCCUGCUGAACUUUAUAGAGGCCUUGCUCCUAGUCUCAUUGGAGUAAUUCCAUAUGCUGCCGCUAAUUAUUUUGCAUACGAUACUUUACGGAAAGUGUACAGGAAAGUUUUCAAGGAGGAGAAAAUCGGCAAUAUUGAAACCCUUUUAAUUGGAUCUCUAGCUGGGGCUAUUUCAAGUAGUGCAACUUUCCCACUUGAGGUGGCUCGCAAGCACAUGCAGGUUGGAGCUCUCAAUGGAAGACAGGUCUACAAGCAUGUGCUGCAUGCACUCUCAAGCAUUCUUGAACAAGAAGGGAUUCAUGGUCUAUAUAAAGGUUUGGGUCCUAGUUGCAUGAAGUUGGUACCUGCUGCUGGGAUUUCCUUCAUGUGCUAUGAAGCAUGCAAAAGGAUACUUGUAGAGAAAGAUGAGGAAGCAUAGGAUAUCUCGUCCAAGGGAUUAAACUCAUCUUUUGGAUCAGAGGAAUGAGCUGGCUUACAUUUUAGGUUGACCUUUUUUUUUCAUAUACUUUCUCCAGCUGAAUUUUGUUUUUUUUUUUUUUUGGUUGAGGGCUCGGUUCAGGCAGCGGCUUUUUCAAGUUUAGAGAUGAUAUCGAAAGUAACUUAACUGGCAUACAGUUUUCAUUGGCCUUGAAAAUGAGACAGAUAAAGUUAUAUUUGAAGAAUGAGAGACUUUUUGGGUGCUGUUUAGAACUUGUUUAA